AAACAACUGGUCAAAAACUCAAAAUUCAUUUUAAAUCAAACAAAAAUAAUCCUUCUUCUAUAAAUUCUCUCAUCCAUCACUUCCCCCAAAUCUUUCCUUUCUCUUCUCUCUUUCUCUCUCCUCAAAAAUUCCAUUUUUCUACAUCCUCAAACAUUUCUCAUUUUUCUCUGCAAAAAAUAUUCUCUCUCCUCCGCCAUUUUUAUCCAUCCAUCAAAACAACAAUGGAGGCGGUGAAGGUGGAGGAGCUUACCUCAGGAGCAAGCGGUAGAAUUAUUCCUCUCUUCAAUCGAGCUAAAUCAAUGGCGCUUUUUAUAAUUCCUUCUUAUCAUUUCUUCAAAAAAUUCAUCGUCAUUUUUUACUCUUCCUUUCUUUGCUUCCUUCUCCUUCUUCUCCCGCCUUCGCAGCGCCACUCUUCGACGGAGGAUUCGCCGGUGCCGGCGAAAUUCCGGCGACGGAGAUUGGUGGAAGAGGAAGAGGAUACGAUUCGUCGCCGAGCGUUUGCGGAAGCCCUAAAAAUGGUGCCUGAUGGAGGAGAAGAGGAGGAGAGAGAAUUUUGCCGGAAUUGUCGUUGGAAGACUUCGUUGUUUUGUGGUGUUCGUCGUAAUGCUCUUUUUUGCCGGUCUUGGUUUCCGGUUUCCGGUAAUCCGAAGGGCAUCGUCAUAGUUAUUCAUGGGCUUAACGAGCAUGGGGGAAGAUAUACUCAUUUUGCAAGGCAAUUAAUCUCUCGCAACUUUGGGGUGUAUGCUAUGGAUUGGACGGGCCAUGGUGGGAGUGAUGGACUGCAUGGGUUUGUUCCCUCCCUUGAUCAUGUUGUAGCCGAUACUGCGGCUUUCUUGGAGAAUGUCAAACUUGAGCAUCCUGGGGUACCUUGCUUCAUGUUUGGUCACUCUACUGGUGGCGCAGUGAUUUUAAAGGCAACUUUUUUUCCGCACAUCAAAAGUAUGGUUGAAGGAAUUAUAUUGACCUCGCCUGCCUUGCGUGUUAAGCCAGCACAUCCUGUGGUCAAGGUUGUAGCCCCUGUAUUCUCAUUGGUUGCACCAAGAUUUCAGUUUAAAGGUGCCAACAAGAGUGGCAUUGCAGUUUCUAGGGAUCCAGCCCAACUUCUUGCGAAAUACUCUGAUCCACUUGUUUAUACUGGUCCCAUAAGGGUCCGCACGGGGCAUGAACUCUUGCGCAUCACCUCUUAUUUAACACGCAACUUCAAAUCAGUCACUGUGCCAUUCUUUGUUCUCCAUGGAACUGCUGAUCGGGUGACCGAUCCACUGGCUUCUCAAGAUCUCUACGAUCAAGCAGCCUCAACCGUCAAAGAUAUAAAGCUUUACGAUGGCUUCUUGCACGACCUCCUAUUCGAACCUGAGAGAGACGAAAUUGCAUGGGAUAUCAUCAAUUGGAUGGAGAACAGACUAGCUACAUCGCUCAAUAUUGGGAAAGUAGUUGACUGAUUAACUCAAUCUGUGAUUAGGUGUUCUCUCUUCAUUUUUGUUCUUUAUAAAAAAGGUCAGUGAUUAAAAUGGAAAUCACGGUGUCGUGUUUAUAGUAUCCCCUCUGCCUGGCAUUAUUUGUCACGUUGAUAGCGUAAUUUGUAAUUUGGACAUUAAUGUGACAACUAAAUCUGGACGGGGUAAUAUGUCUUAGCAAAGGGUGUGGAAAUUGUAAAUUAUAUAGGAUAUGUUCAGGUCCUUGCAUCAGGCAUAUAUAAUGUCUUUUUGGUAGGUUGCUACGCCUGAUUACAGUUGCAAACUGUUAUUUGGCUAAAACUUUUGCUGGUGAUUUGAAUUUUUCGUUCUAGUAGUUUUGCGAUACCCUUUGACCCGCCUGGAUCCCACUGAUAGCGGGACUUUUGCAAAGGUGUAGAUGUACACAUAACACAUUCUUACUCUUGAGUAUGUUGAGAGGCUGGUUAUACUUUGUCAAAUACUCAAAUAAUUAAAUUGUUAAUAUAUAUACUUAUUUAUAUGUA